AUGGUCGUUCUCACUGCGGAAAGGCUCGUGAAGCUUGCUUACAAGUACCCCACACUUCACAGUAACUGGUACAUAAUUGCAUCCACAGCGUUGGCGGUGGUAAACCAACCGCAAGAAAUUGGUAAGGUUCUUCACUUUGCCUUGAGACAGCAGCUCUUGGAGUCCCUGAAUCCUCGAGACAAGCCGCUUUUGACUGAUCCUUAUUUGUUGAAGCUUGCGGAGGAUUCUAUCACCUCCGCUGCCAAGGCUGAUGAAUUCACGGCAGUCGGUGUGAACUUGCCAGAGGUCUUGAUCCCAUACACCUACCAUGACAAGCUCCCGCUUCCAUAUAAAUAUUCCAGAACGGAGGAUAUCACUGCUGCUCAGAUCCAAGUGGCUGCGAGGAUAAGAGAGGCUCUCUUGAAAAUUGCCCCAAUCGCUGGCUUACCAAAGUCCAUCAAUGCUUUGACAGCAUUGUAUAAGGUAACUCCAUCUACGGUAAGAGCUGCUAACAAGGCCAUGAGGCCAGCAACGGUUCAGCCAGGCCAUGUGAACUCCUCCUCGAUUGUGCAAGAGGAUGUCGCUGGCACUAGAUUCGAAGAUCAACUGAUUGACACAAGAGACACAAUCGACGGUCCCAUUUGUAAGAAGUCCGUCAGCAGUCAACAAAUCAGUGACAACUUUGUGCGUGGAUCUGCUUUGUGGGAAAGCAUCUACGGUAAGGUCAGUAACCGUGUCAAGAACCAGAUGUUCUCUGCAUACCCUGACUUAUGGCAGUACGCUAUUCACAACGUUUACUCGCCUAUCUUGAGUUUCGAAGAUAUCUUGCCAGCAAAGGAGACGUCCUUGUGCGUGGUUACCGCCUUAAUUCCACAAGAUGUGCCACCAACUCUCAAAGGCCAUGUGAGAGGAGCUGUUAACUUGGGAGCGACCAAAGAAGAAUUGACCGAUAUCAGACUCCUUGUCUUCGACAUUUGUGACUGGAGUGGUAACGUUUCCUGGAAGGGAGGUAAAGAAAGCGUCUACAAACUUUAG